AUGCCUGGAGCCGCUGGUCAUCCUGGCCAAGCCCCCUCUGUGGUGACAGCCACAGAGCUCGACAUGGCGCUUGAGGUGCCCACGGAUCCACCUGACGCCUCGAGCAUCCUCGACCCUGAUGCAGCGAAUUCCGAUGCCAACACCAGAAUCGCUGCUCUUGACGGUUGUAAUCAUGUUAUUCACGAUUCUUGCAUCCGAUUAUGGGCUCAGAAGACCAAUACAUGCCCAAUUUGUCGUGAGCCCUUUCGACAACUCCGCGUCUUUGAUGGUGUCUCUGAAAUUGAGGAAAAGAAACAGGUGGCCGAGUUUGACCCUCAAGCCUGGCUCGCCGAUAACGCGGAGGAAGAGGAGGCCGAGCCUGAGCAACCUUGCCCAAGGAUGCGUCGAGCUAGGCGCCAAGCUCGCUCCCUAGCUUGGGCUGGCCCGUGGGGUCAGUUCGCCGGUCGUGUUUAUGACGCCCUCCAAAUUGACUUGGACAACCACGAGGACGACGACGCUCUCGCAGAGUUCCGCAUGUCUCAGGUCCUCCGUGAACGCGAGCAGCGCGAGUAUCAGAGGUGGCAACAGCGGGUCAGCAUUGCUAGCCGCCUCGGAGCGGGCGAAGUCUUCACCAACAGCCUCCCCGAGCUGCGCGUCAACAGCUCGAGCAACGAACCCCUGCGCAACCAGUACAACCCCCGGAAACGGCGCGCCCCAACUACAUCUCCCGCCGAGCCGGUCCAGGAACCCGAGCGGAAGCUCAAGCGACCGAGAACCCGGAGGUUCCUUCCUCCACACUCGGAGGCGUCCGGGUCUAAACCAGCUGUUGCAGGUGCUGCCCGACCGGGCGAAGCUGGUCCAGGUGCGCGCAUCGGUGACCCGGAAGCUCCCUCCUUUCUUUCCGCCUUGUUGAAGGAAGUCGAGGUCGGUGUGGGCACACCGUCAGAUGACGAAAAUGUCAAAAACUAUUUCGGACGAGCCCCAACGGAUGCGGCUUCUCCGGCAAGCUCCCCUUCCAUCUCCGCGCAGAAUAGCCCGCGAGCUCUCUCUCUCACACCCCCGCCCCUCAGUCUUGGACGACCUAAUUCGCCGCCGUUAUCGCUGAGUUCAGACCAGCUCUCCCCGGAGGCGAAAGCGAGCAUCAACUGCAUUGUUCGCACAGCUCUGAAGCCCCACUGGCAUGCUCGGGAGCUGACGACGGAGCAAUACUCGAACAUCAACCGGGAUGUUUCAAGAAAACUUUAUGACGAAAUCAAGGACCCUACCUUGCUUGACAAUGAUUCAAUGAAGACAUGGGAGAAGGUUGCUUCGAAAGAAGUAGCCCGGGCUGUUGCCGAAUCUAAGGCGUAG